GAACGCGCGAUCGGGACGCGACUCAAUGGACACGGGCUGCCUGUCAAGUAUACGAGAUUCACGCGACGCUUUGUUCAAAUGUGCUCGGCGUUUUGAGGGGAUGGUGCGAUGUCGCACCCGACGGCGGCCGCAAUAAUUCGCGUGAGCCACGACGGACUUCCACGGGGGACCACCGAGCGGAACAUGAACUCAGAAUCUCAAUGGCAGCGUUGUGUAUUACUGCGAUGAAAGAUGCCAAUUCUUAAGGAGCUCUGGUUCUGUUGAAGUGGUUCUGGUUCAAGAGGCCUGCUAAAGCACAAUGAGAGCCAUUGUAUCAAUCACGCUGAUCACACUGUUGUGUGGCAUAAGCUUAGCCCCUAUCAAUGCUACUUGGAGAUGUGCCAGUAGAAAGAAAAAUGUUGAAAAUCUUUCUUCGAAGCAGAAUUCAGCGGAUGUACCUGGAGAUACAUCCAAUGAUCAUAAUAUAAAUGAAAAUGACGAAUUUGAGAUAUGUAAUAAUUUCUGCCAUGCCUUGUGGCAAGAGGAUAAAACUGCAAAUGGCACUGAAAUCACUAUUUUGUCUCAAGGUUGUUGGAAACAGUCUGGUGAUCAAAAUACAGAAUGCAAAAAUACAGAAUGUAUUGCACUCCCGAGAUCUACAAAAGCUUUGAACAAUACAAAAUUUUGUUGCUGCCACGGGGAUUUUUGUAAUCUCAAUAUUACAAGUUCCAAUCUUGACGAUUCGGAUAAUAAGAUAUUUAAUCCUCUUUCUUCGGAAAACAGUCAGCCAACUACAGAAUAUCUUGAACAGUCAAACACUGGAACAUGGUUAAUAAUAAUCGGCAUAGCAUUUGCAUUACUACUAAUGUUUAUUAUAAUAAAGAUUAUAUAUAAAUCGUUUUAUAUCAAUAUUUUAAUGAGAUUAAGAAAGUCAUUAUCUAAUGAAUUCAUGAAUAGCACAGCAUUAAGAACUGGUACUUACACAGUUGAUCACUUGAAACUUACAAAUAUUGUAGGUCAAGGACGAUAUGGAUCAGUUUGGCAGGGCAGUCUGGGAGAUCAAGAUGUUGCAGUUAAAAUAUAUCCAUCACAUUACCGGAAUUAUUUUCAGAAUGAAAGAGAUACUUACUGUCUACCUUUUAUGGAGCAUUCAUCAUUAUUAAGCUAUUAUGGUGCGGAUGAAAGAAUAAGCCUGGAACAUAAUAUUGAAUAUCUUUUGGUACUCAGUUUCGUCCCAGGUGGUAGUUUAAGAGAAUUCUUACGAAUGAACACUAUUGAUUGGAACACAUUCUGCAAAAUGAGUCUUUCUAUAGUUAAAGGACUUGCUUAUUUGCAUACGGAUGUACGGAAGGGUGACAAGUUUAAGCCAUGCAUCGCACAUAGGGAUAUAAAUUCAAGAAACAUAUUAAUUAAAGGUGAUGGUACUUGUUGCAUUUGUGAUUUGGGAUUAGCAGUUCAAAUCGCUGGAUCUAAGUAUUAUUCUAAUGGAGAGGAGCAGAAUGCCGAACUAAAAUCAAUUAAUGACGUGGGCACUCUGAGAUACAUGGCGCCGGAAAUAUUGGAUGGUGCUGUUAAUUUACGGGAUUGCGAAAGUUCUUUAAAACAAAUAGAUGUUUAUGCAAUGGGUUUAGUUCUUUGGGAAUUGGUUACAAGAUGUUCUGAUAUUUAUAUUCCUGGAUCGGAUGUACCGCAAUAUAAACAGCCGUAUGAAAACGAAAUAGGACUUCAUCCAACGUUCGAACAGAUGCAAGUUUUAGUAUCGCGUAAUAAAGCCAGACCACUUUUAGAGGGUAACUUAGUAGAUAGACCAGGAGUGCGUUUGAUAAAGGAAACUAUAGAAGAUUGUUGGGAUGCUGAUGCUGAAGCUCGUUUAACUGCUUUGUGUAUAGAAGAACGACUUACAGACCUACAGUCUCAUCGUGUAACAAUGCACUUUACCGAUGGAAGUCCAAUGGUGAAUUCUCACUGCACCUUAGUGCCUUCAACGACAAACAGUCUUUAUAGUGAGUCCUCGCAUCAUGACAAUGUACAUGUUGUUCAACUUGCAUUGAACAUGGUGCAAGAUAGUAAUAUUAACGACAGUGCAGUAGCUGAAAACUUAGUUGCAUUAUCACCAUCUGACAGCGUUGCUCAUGAACACAGUUUCAAAAAUUCAAACGAAGUAGCGACAUAUAAUCAUACACAAACGCUUCAGCCGUAUCAAGGCAGAAAUCCGUGUAUGGAAAGAAAUUUAAUGUUACAAUCGGAUUCGUUGGAGGACUUGGGAUGUAACGGUAACAUUCUCGUCGAUAAAUCACUGAAGCAUGCGUGUAACGAUCAAUACAAAACUGGUACAGAAGCACAAGGCUUAGUUUCGCACGAUUACUUAAGUCAGCAUACCACUCAGUUAACACAACUUAGGCCGGCAACGCCUAUACCGUAUGUUCAAAAUGUCAUUUCCGACGAAGGAUCAUCUUCGUACGGCAAAAGAAAGCAGACGAACAUACAGGACACGUCUCUUCAGGAGAGCCCGCGGAAGAAAUUAUUUGCCUGGCCCAAUUUAAAGAAAUUGCUUGUCAACAAGAAAAUGUAUCCGUACAGCAGAUACCAAAUAGACAGGGAAGAUUCUAAGUCAAAUUUGUUAUCAAAGCAAAAUGUCCAGAUUAAAACUGUAGAGACGAACGUAACAAUCUCGCCGGGAGGAAAGUAUGUGAAUGGUAUCAUCGGUAAGACUUCUACCUCGGCGAUGCCGACGGAGAAGAACGACAAGAAUACCGCACAAAUGGGAAAGCAAUAUGAGGGCGAUAACGCGACGUCUAACGCGCGUCCCUCCACUUUGCCGCUCGUAAAUUUAAGGAACAAAAAGCGAGAAAAUAAUCUAAGCCGGCAAGAGAGCAUAGAUAAGUUUAACGAGGUCUUUAACGUGGGUUCGAACGUAAACAACGCACUGAAGGAUCCGCAUAUGAGAAUAAAAACACCCGGUGACUUGCCGCCGUCUGUCAGGAAGAUCCGCGGUCGCGCGCAGUCAACGGCGCGAUUCUCACUUUACGACGACCGCAUGAUGUGCAAUAUUCUGAACGAAGAGGACGAUCAAAGUGACAAAGCCAUUUGGAAUUCUGUGCCAUUUGGUAUGGAUCUCGGUGAUAGCGAUGGGAAACAUUCACCAACGAAACUUGGUACCAAAAAUGUUACGUGCUUUUAAUCAGAUAUUAAUGUAUUUGUAAAGUCUUUUAUGUCUACAGUAUAGAGUCAGGAGAGGAAAACGCUGUUGAGCUACCUUCGGCUUCAGUUUGUGUAUAGAAUUUGUGUAUAAGAAUAUAAGUAAGAUUUUAUACUCGACGCAAAAUAUUACUACGAUACAGACACGAAACAAUGAAAUUAAAAACAAAAAAUUAGAAGUAUACUCAGAAACUUGUGCUAUUCAAAUUGAUUUGUCACGUUAUAUUGAUAGCAUACUUUGUGCGUAACGAAUACUUUUGAUAGAGAGUAGCUGAUUUGGGUAUGACAAGUGCACACAAUUACAGAUAGAAAAUAGAAAAUCAAA